GGGCGCGCGGGCAGGCGGAGGCGCCCAUAAAAGCCUCUGCCGGCGUCUCCGGCAGCUUUGCAAAAGCAGGACGAGUCAGGCUCGGCGAGAAGAGCCACUGCUGCUGCUGCCCACUACUACUCCUACUACUACUAAGCAGCGAGACAAACUCCGCGACCACGACGACGUCGCCUCCGCGCCGCUCUCGCUCUCCAGAGACCUCCGCACCCUUCUCUUGGCCCCUGCUGCGCUCCAGAGCAGCCCCGACCGGUCGGAAAGCUGGCUCCCUGCGCCAUGGUCACCCACCGAAAGUUCCCCAGCGCCGCCGGGAUGAGCCACCCGCUGGACACCAGCCUGCGCCUCAAGACCUUCAGCUCCAAGAGCGAGUACCAGCUGGUGGUCAACGCGGUGCGCAAGCUGCAGGAGAGUGGCUUCUACUGGAGCGCGGUGACGGGUGGGCAGGCCAACCUGCUGCUCAGCGCCGAGCCCACCGGCACCUUCCUCAUCCGCGACAGCUCGGACCAGCGCCACUUCUUCACCCUCAGUGUCAAGACCGAGUCGGGCACCAAGAACCUGCGCAUCCAGUGCGAGGGGGGCAGCUUCUCGCUCCAGAGCGACCCCCACAGCAGCCAACCCGUCCCCCGCUUUGACUGCGUCCUCAAGCUGGUCCGCCACUACAUGCCACUUCCCGAGCACCAGCCCACAGUGCAGCACCCCGGGGAGGUGUCGCGCCCCAAGCGGGCCUACUACAUCUACUCCGGGGGAGAGAAGAUCCCCUUGGUGCUGAGCCGCCCGCUCUCCUCCAACGUGUCCACCCUGCAGCACUUGUGCCGCAAGACGGUCAACGGGCACUUGGACUCCUACGAGAAGAUGACCCAGCUCCCGGGUCCCAUCAAGGAAUUCCUGGACCAGUACGACGCACCUUUCUGAGGAGCAUCCUUCUCUCCACAUAACGGGAAGCAAGGAGGAGGAGGAAGGAGCCUGUGACACAAGCACAAGAGGGAAAGGAGGAGAAAGGAGAUCGAUGUACAACAAAGAUGACAUUUCUUUUUGGCCCGGCUGAUGGAAUACGUGAGGGGCUGCAGUGGGGAGGGGAAUGCUGCGGGUUCAAAGAGGGCAAGGCUCCUCUGCCCAGCGGAGAGCGACUGCCCCACUGUUUUUUGUGUUGGAUGGUUUUCCAUGGGUUGCUUUGUGCAAGAGGGAGAGAAAGAAAGAGAGAGAGCGAUGCUGCUGGACUAAGGAACAGGUUGCUGCUCCUUGAGAUCACUGCCUGCCUGGCUUGCGCUGGGAGGAGAGAAUGGUUUGCAAACUUCGUUACCCAAUGGACCGUUUACAAGGAGCUUUUGCUCUGCACUGGCCCCACACCUUCUCUAACAACCUCUGACCAAAACCAUUCUGCAGAUAACGGAAUAGAUGCACUGGGAUCCAGCUAGUGCCUGAAAACCAACUUUUCCUCCGUUUUAAGAGGAACCCUUUUCCAAGCCUUUACCUCUCUCGACCUCCUGGAGAGGCAGAAUUUCCCCUUCCUCCAAACCUCUUUCCCGGAGGACGCUGCCACACAUGAGACUAAGCCUUAAGAAGAAAAAAAGACGAGUACCCUCCUCUUAUCCCAUGGACUGACUUCUUACUGCACAUCUCGCACAGAAAGAUUGUCACUCCCUUUCUGUGUCAUUAUGCAAGCAAAGGAGGACAUCCUUCUGAGAAAUCACAUCACUGCUUUUGAAACAAUGACGUGGAUGAGAAAUGAACUAGCAGUGUUAUUCUACCUGAGCAUCUUCUGCCUGGACUGAUAAUCUUCUGCCUUCAUCCAUGGGUUUUCAGAUGAAUUGGCUUGCAUCUACAGCAAAGGCUGUCAAUUUGUUUGGGUCCUAAAUCGCACUGAAUAACUGAAAGAAAGCAAAACAGGAAUGUAGCAACAACAGAAUUACCUGGAACUCUCAUAUCAUUAUUUUUUUGUAAAACUGUAAUCCAACUUUUGUGUGUUCAUCUUAUUUUUUCCCCAUAUCAGGGUUUUAGAAGGGCAGAUGAGGUUUUGUUUUUAUAGAAAGAAAUGUUUACAGACCUGCCUAAAACAAUAUCGUUCUGUCUUUUAUAAAGAUUCCACCCUUCAGCCUUGCAGGCUGCUAGACAUGCUUGAAGACUCAACCAAAAAUCAAACUUGGAAGAAAACUUUGCACAUCUAUUUAUAUUUAUAUUCAAGGGAUUUUAAAAGAAAACAUUCAUUAAUUUAUAAUAAAAAGCACUAUUUUUUAAAUGAAA